CGCCGCGAGGCUCGAUAACAGGAACAGGAAGACCGCAGGUGUUUUGUAUCCGUUCACACAUAGUGACCGGCUGAUCGUUCUCGUGCUGCUGACAGAAUUGGCAGCGACUUGAAAGAGUUUUUCCCGAACCUGGCUUCACCUGCAGCAUAAAGAAAAGAUGAACGAUUUGCUUUCAGCGAACGCAUUCAAAGAGCAGUUCGCGUCGUUGAGGGUGGCAGUGGAUGCGGUGCUCUGCGAGUUUGCCGACUUUGUAGACAAGAGGUUUACCCACCUACAAAUUGAAAUGUCCGGUAAGGAAAAAGAAAUCGAAUAUCUCAAGCGGCGUCUGAGAAUCUACCAGAAGGAACUGAGCUACGUACAGGCGUACGGUAGCGGUGCGGGUCGGGAUAAACAACAGCAGACCCCGGAGCGAUUGUGUGCGCCUCCGGGGGCGGAAACGGCGAUGGAGGACGCAGCCAACCUCGAGCCGGCUAUACAAGCUGCAAAGCACCCUGAAGGCGAGUCGUGGAGUGGCAGUCGCAACUGGUCACCGAGCAGACCCAGCAAAGGAGGACAGACCAAGAGACCGGCGCAGCAGAACGAGCCGGGAGAGACAGCGUGUAAGAGAGAGGACCUGACGAUACGAGUACUCGUAGUGGGCGGCGACGAAGGCUUUGAAGAUAGAGAAGCUGCUUCUCUCUUUGAAACGAAAGCAUCGAACUCGUCGGAGAUUUUCAACCAGGAUAUCACCGUACCAGUAGGGAGGAUCUCGAAGCAGACAUAUUUUAAGGGAGAUCGGAUCAGUCUGGUGCACUCUUCAGUCGAGAAUACAAAGUCCCACCACCCACAAGGAGAGGGUGCAGACCAGCAACUUGGCUGUGAUAAAACAGAAGUCAGUGAACAGAAGUCUGGCCAAGUCAAACAGGAGAGCUAUGGAUCAGACUGUGUGAUUUCACACUUUAUGCCACAGACUCCUGAUUCUGGGUUUGCCCCUGAAAACAUCUCCCUUAAUGACAGAGGAAAAGAAAUUAGGCCAGGGUCCAUCCACAGGAGCCUUGUUCAUACCGGAAAGGAGCGACAGCCUAGAAAGGAAGGUGCAGAUGUAGCACUGAAUGAAAAUAGGCUCAACAGCAGAAAGAAGCAGUUUUGUAGUUUUGGAAAUGGCAAUGAUUUUAUACAGAAAUCUGAGGCAAGAACUCACACAGGGAAAAAGAACUUUCAGUGCUCGGAAUGUGGGAAGAAAUUCAGAACCUCGUCCAUUCUAAAAAACCACCAAAGAAUCCAUACAGGUGAGAAGCCGUUUGUGUGUGGAGAGUGUAAUAGCGCCUUUAACCAGUUAGCCCACCUCAAAAGACACCAGAGGAUCCACACGGGAGAGAAGCCGUACAGCUGCACCGUGUGCAAAAGCACGUUCAAUCAGUUUGCUCACCUGAAGACACACCAACGGAUCCACACAGGGGAGCGGCCUUACAGCUGCUCUGAAUGUGGAAAGGCCUUUAGUCAGCUGAACAUCCUCCAAAGACACAGACGAAUUCACACAGGAGAGAAACCUUACAGCUGCCCCCACUGCAGCAGCACCUUCAAGCAGCUGUCCCACCUGAAGCGACAUAUGCAGAUCCACUCUGGAGAGAAACCGUAUGCGUGUGAAAAAUGUGGCAAAACCUUCAGCCAGCUAUCCAUUCGUCAACGGCACUACCUAAUUCACUCAGAGGUACCUGAGCGGUGGACAUUGUGAAAAGAUGGCUCACUUAAAACCCUACACAAGCAAACUCUGCAGGAAUUUGUCCAGAGAGAGAUGUGCAGAAAGUGGUUCGUUUGAGAUGUGCCUUUAAACUGUAGCAUAACAUUUCAUGUUGUCUUAUUCGUCUCAGGUGCCAGACUCCUCUUUUCAUUUACGGUUCUUUAUAAAUGUCUUCUGUGUUGGUGUUUCAGCCCAGAGGGCUGCCUGUUUUCUUUUGGGUGUAGCUUCAUACAACACAUACAAAUGAACAGCUGAUCCUAGGGUAAAUCCUACUUGGCCUCCACAAAUGGGCACACCAUAUGCACUUUUCUAGUGAACACCUUCCCAAAAUGGUUCACAUACAUAGAAUGAUCCAGGAAGCACUUGGCACAUUUGCAGGUUUGGUUAUAGUAGGAGGUAAGAAAUGAACUGGCAGCCUUGUGGCAUCUUAACAAUGAAGAACCAUCUGCCCUACCUUAAAGGAUACGUCUGGUAUUUUUCAAGUCAAAAUUAUUUCUUUAUGAGUAUUUUAUAUAUUAAUUCUAAAUUGAAGCAUCUAUAUUAUAUAAAUAUAAAAUGUUAAUGUAUGUCAGUCUGUCAUGCGAUUACUCGCAAAAUAAUGGAGGUAGAACCUUGAUCUUGGUCUCAUUAAAAGCUUAUGGCGUGAUGUUCUGGAAGUUUAUUGUAAUUAAAGGACACUCCCCAUAAGCCCAGCUGUUGAUGAUCAUCCGGGACAUGGUACAUAUGUGUUCAAAAUUCAUAAUAAAGUAAAAGUUAUUUAUGUUUGUAA